AUGUUAUCUAUUCGAAACCGAGGCAGUGAGUUGGCAACUGCACUCAAGAAAAAGACAACCAAGGAUGGCUGGGUCACUGAGAAACACACUUCUCCUUACUCUGAAAGUGACAUCUGGACGAACAAGGACAGUGAUGUUACACCACUUGAGCAAAGAACAUGGACAACAUGGACUAUGCUUGGUUUUUGGAUCAGUGAUUCGCUGAGUGCUCAAGGAUGGGAGGGUGCAGCAUCUAUCAUCGCUGUAGGCUUGACUUGGCGUGAAGCUGUAUACUGUUUAAUAUUGGGUUACACCAUCGACACUAUACCCAUGAUCCUGAACGGAGUGAUUGGCGCGGAGCUGCAUGUUUCGUUUCCUGUAGUGGCCAGAGCAUCCUUUGGUUUUAAUUUUUCGAAGUUUGCAGUCGUUAUCCGAAUGAUCACAGCAUUGUUCUGGCAUGCGAUUCAAACUUACACCGGCUCAACUGCAAUGACACAAGUCAUUCGAGCGAUUUGGCCGUCAUUUUUGGAACUGGAGAAUCAUAUCCCAGAAGCGGUAGGCAUCACAACUCAGCAGAUGAUAUCGCAUUUCUUGUUCUGGAGUUUACAGUUCCCGCUGCUUUUGAUCCCACCAUACAAGCUAAAGUGGUUUUUCGUUUUCAAGUCUGUCGUAGUAAUUAGUUGCGCUCUUGGUAUGGUCAUUGGACUGUCCGUGCAAGCCGGAGGAGCUGGAGAUAUCUGGGAGCAAAAGGCGACGGUCACUGGGACAAAGAAGACUUGGCUUAUUCUUUCUUCGAUGUCUAGUAUUACUGGAGGAUGGGCCACCAUGGGUACAAACAUACCAGAUUUCACACGAUACACAACCAAGACUCGACCCGUCUAUUACCAAGGGCUUUUCCUUCCUCUCAUCGGAUCCGUAUUAGGCGUUCUCGGGAUCGUAGGAACAAGUUGUGCUAAAGUGCUCUACGGAUCCUACAUCUGGGACCCCCUUGAAAUCGCCGCUCAAUGGAACAGCCCCGGCGGACGAGCCGCAGCAUUCUUCGUCGGAUUUUCCUGGAUAGUCGCCCAAAUCGGCACAAACAUAUCUGCGAAUGUUAUCUCCUGCUCUAACGAUAUGACGAAUCUUUGGCCCAAAUACAUCAAUAUUCGCAGGGGUACCAUAAUUACUACCAUCAUCGGUGGAUGGGUCAUGGUUCCCUGGAAAAUUAUCCAUUCGGCCUCGAAUCUGCUUACGUUCAUGAGUGCGCUUGCUAUAUUCCUCGCGCCUAUCGCUGCUAUCAUGGCUGCAGAUUACUGGAUCGUACGACGAGGUGCCGUCGAUGUUCCUGCUUUAUACCAAAGCCAUGGCAGAUACCGAUACGAUGCUGGUUUCAAUUGGCGAGCAGCCGCCGCAAUGCUCAUAUCCCUCGCUCCCAACCUCCCAGGAAUGGCACACGCCGUCAACCCCAGCCUCAAAAUCGGCAACAUCACGCAUAUCUACGACAUCAACUAUCUCUACGGCUUCUUCGUCGCUUUCAUCGCAUACGCGACGCUCAGUCUGCUGUUCCCGGCUACGGAAACGCUGAUCGAGAAGAUGGUUCCUGGGGAAGUGGAGUAUUAUACUGGGGAGGAGGUGGUGAAUGGGGAUAUGGAGAAGAAUCAGACAGGCGUGGGGGAGAAGAGGAAGUCGUAUACGGAGUCGCUUACUGGAGGUGGUAUGUAG